AUGGGUGUCUCAAUAUCCUGUGCAGGCUUUAGUGCAGUGUAUCAGGUGCGGCAGUGCUCAGUUGACCUUGUGAGGUCCUUUAGAACCCUGUCGCAGUAUACGGAGAGAAGGGAGCUCUUGCCGGUCUGGAACUACAGUAAUGUGAAGGAGCUUGCGACUGAUCUAAUUCAUGCAUUUGCCACUACCCAUGCAGAUCAAAUGACCAACCGAUGGGUCGAGGGAGCAGUCAAGAGUAGGAAGCGAAAUGCUUGUCUCCCGACUCGGGCCGGUUUCGGAUCUGUCCACGAGGUUCUGCAUAAUCUGAUCGAGCGCAUCGGUCAGAAGGUAGCAAUUGGCCUUCCAAGGCGUAUAUUUCACAUGGAUUUCGCGAAUAGCAGCCACUCUCUUCUAUAUUUGCCAUGCGUUUUGCAGGGUAAGACGUACGAGCAUGUCGCUGGCCAAAUCAAACCUGCAAAGCACAGUCAACACGUCUGGGGUGCAUGA